AUGAGUACUCUCACCGAAGCAGCCGUGAAGAAGCUGAAGAUUGUUGAAUUGAAAGCAGAAUUGACCAAAUUGGGCUUACCGACGACUGGCAAAAAGGACGAGCUAGUGACGAGGUUGCUCGAACGUGUCAAUAUCAGUACUCCCACCCUUCACGACGACUCGGAACUUAACGCUGAGCUGGCACAGCUGGAGGAACUCAGUGCAAAGGAAAAGCCAGCCCGAAACGCAAGGAUCGGGAUAGCUGCCUCGCCGCAAAAGAGUAAUUCCGGGGGUUCCGCUGCUGCAAAUAGUCCUGCUGCCGCUGUCACAGCAUCCCCGGUGACAGGGAUGCCGGUCUCUGCAAAUUCAGAGAAGAAGAGUACCGUCUCAGUACCUCCUGUGACCGCUCAACUGACUGAGGAGGAGAAGCGUAAAGCAAGAGCCGCUCGCUUCGGACUUCCAGUUGCGGAAAAUUCACUUUUGGAAAACCGUGCGGCACGCUCUAAAACGCCAGUGGGGAAGUCAAAGGGUGUGAAAGCAACCCCCAACCCGAAGGCCGGUACAGCCACCGUCAACGCUACGGUUUCCAAGUCCGCCGGCACUAGGAAGCUAUCGAUUGAUCCUGAAGUCUUGAAGAAACGGGUGGAACGUUGGGGGACUGUAAACCCGGAAGUAGCAAAAGUAAUAGUUAGCGCGGAGGAAGAGGAAAAAAAGCGAAAGCGGGCCGAGAGAUUCAGUCUCCAAACUCCCCAGAAGAGCGCGGAAAAGAAGCAGAAGACUAACACGAAAAUGGACUAUCGCAAGUUUUUAGGAACUUAUGAAGGCAAAACCUUCAAGUCCAAGAAACAAUUCUUUCAAGGAACCAAGCGGGAUCAACUACAAAAGUAUAUUGUGAAAACGCUUGGCGGGGGCAGCUUGCGAGCAGCAGUUGAGCUUCCGCCAGAUACGAGUCGAGAUGAAUGGCUUGCAGUAAAUACCGUCGACUUCUACAAUCAAAUAAAUCUCCUCUAUGGAUGCAUAUCCGAAUAUUGCACACGAGAAAACUGUCCAAGCAUGACAGCAGGAGCACGAUAUGAAUACCUUUGGGCUGACGGAAAAUCAAUUCCAAAACCUAUCAAAUGCACAGCACCGGAGUACAUUGAGUAUCUUCUGUCGUGGGUGGAUACGCAAUUAGACGACGAAUCCAUCUUUCCGCCUUCCGACGAAUUUCCACCACAAUUCUACACGACCGUGAAACAGAUUUUCAAACGCUUAUUUCGUUUUUAUGCACACCUAUAUCAUAACCAUCUCAAGCAAUUGGAAGCAGUCGGUGAGGAUCGACAUCUAAAUACAUGCUUUAAGCACUUCAUUUUAUUUGUAACGGAGUUUGACCUGGUAGAUAGCAAAGAACUGCAACCACUUAGUACAAUAGUCUCCCAGAUCUUAGAGCAAAAUCCAAAAACUGAUUUUAUGGACAUGACACCUAUGACGUUUGGAACAGUGUACGUGCGUGGUCCUUCCGCUAGUGUUAAAUGGAUCUAG